AUGGCUUCUGAAGCUCUCGAUUCCCUGCUACAAAUUUUACGCCAAAUCCUUAGACGUAAGGAUGAUCUCACCACUCUUCGUGUAAAACUACGAAUUAUAUCCAUCCACGACAAAGCUGUGCUCUUGCAAUUGAACCUCAAACAUUUCCCAAAAAAGGAAGCAAUUACGGAGGCAGUAAAUACAACACAAGAGAUUAUUGAGUAUAUUUUCUCCCCAGAGAAUGUUUCAGAUUGUGGGUCGAUAGAGGCGAGUGUGAGACUUUCAAAUCAGUUGGGGGAAUUGGUAGAGGAGCUCGCCUCAACUGCCGGAGAUGUGGUGGUUUACUGCAAGAGUCUCGACGAACUAGUCAACAACGUACCAAGGCGGAGUGACUCAUCAUCAAGAUCUGCAAUAAAGCUGGAUGUCAGCCUUUUAUACCUGUUGGUGAGAGUGGAGAGAAUUUUGUCGACUGCUAGAGAUUUAGUCGACUAUUCUCUCCGUGUUGAUGAUCUGGAGGAUUUUGAUGUAAAAGAUCUGAGAGUAGCGACAGAGCUGACUGUCAGCAUUUCAAUCCGGUUGCUGAGUUUAGCGGAGAGAAUUAGGUCCUCAGUUGAUUCUGCCGGUGUUGGUUUCAAGAGUGAAGAUUUUGAUGGUUUUAAUGAAGAUCUGAAUUCAGUGAGACUGCAGACUUUCGACAUUUCACACCGGUUGGGGAGAUUAGCCAAGAGAUAUAUGUCAACUGCUAAAGACUCAGUUGACAGCGUAGGACGACUGAAUGAUUCUCCAGCUGUUGCAACAGAGCUGAUUGACAGCAUUUCAAACCGGUUGGAGAGAUUAGCGGAGAGAAUUAUGUCAGCUGCUGAAGACUCAGUUAGCAACGUAAGACGGCUGAGUGAUUCUCCAGCUGUUGGUUCAUCAUCAAGAUCUGCACUCAAGAGUGAAGAUUUUGAUGAAGAUCUCUCUGUAGCAACAGAGUGGACUGUCAGCAUUCCAAACCGGUUGGGGAGAUUAGCGGAGAGAAUUAAGUGGACUGCUGUUGGUUCAUCAUCAAGAUCUUUACCGACAAGCAAGGAUGUCGUGGUUGGUUUUGAUGAAGAUAGGUUGCAGAUAAUGUCAUGGCUUACAAGCUAUUCAUCCGAGCUGCAAGUCCUCCCUAUUGUGGGAAUGGGAGGCAUUGGUAAGUCCACACUCGCUAAAAUUGUUUAUGAUGAUACAUUCAUUACCUAUCAUUUUGAUUUUCACGCUUGGGUCACAAUAUCGAAAGAUUACAAUGUAGAAAUCAUUCUUUCAAAUCUGCUUGCUUGGAUGAAAGGAAAGGGAAUCCAAGCAGAGAAUGAUUUACAAUGCAAGAAGAAGGAGUCUGAAAUUUACAAAUACUUAAAAGGUAGGAGGUAUCUCAUAGUAGUGGACGACAUUUGGAGUUCGGAAGCUUGGGAUCACAUACAGAGGCUAUUACCUGAUGAUAAUAAUGGAAGCCGAAUCAUAUUAACCACAAGGCUAAAGAAUGUGGCUGCUUAUGCUAACUCUUCGAGCCCAAUCCAUAUGAUGCGUUUCUUGGAUGACCAACAAAGUUGGCGUUUGUUCCAGAAGAAGGUCUUCGGAGAUCAAGAUUGUCCUGUUGAGCUACAAGAUAUUGGGAAAAAAUAUGUAAAACGUUGCGAAGGACUGCCCCUUUCAAUUGUUACUGUGGCAGGACUUUUAUCCAAGAUUGAUAGAACUCCAAAGUUGUGGAAGCGAAUUGGGGCAAAUGAUGGACAGUUGGAAACAAUAUUAUUAUCUUUGAGUUACAAACACUUGCCCCGACAUUUGAGGGAGUGUUUCUUGUAUAUGGCAGGCUUCCCUGAAGAUUAUGAGAUCCGUGUCUCAGAACUCAUCAAACUUUGGGUAGCUGAGGGCUUUUUGGAAGGUCGAGAUGAAUCUAAAACGUUGGAAGAGGUGGCGGAAGAUGUUUUGGAGGUGCUGGUCAAGCAAAGUCUAGUUUUGGUUACUAGCAAGAAGAGUGAUGGCAAAAUCAAAAGAUCGGAGGUUAGGUUGCCUGAGGAGAUUUGGAAGCUGGAGCAAUUAAGGCAUCUUAUCGCCUUUUCAUUUCUUCCUUUACCCGAUCCAAAAGAUCCAGCAAAGUCUUCUCUAAGAAACUUCCAAACACUUUCUCUGGCAACAAACUUUGUAUUUAGUUCUAGUAUGGUGCGGAAAGUUGGAAAUAUGCUACUCGUGUUGAAACUAAAGAACUAUGCUUGCAGUGGGGAACUCUGGAAAACUAUCGAGGGAGGAUUUGUGAAACUGAGACUUUUGCAUAUUGAUGAAUCAAAUCUGCAGAACUGGACAACUGAAAGUAGCCACUUUCCGAGGCUCCAGCGCCUAAUGCUUCAUCGCUGUCCAUAUUUGCCUGAGAUCCCAGUUGAUAUUGGAAAGAUUCCAACACUUGAACUGAUUGAGAUCCAUGAUCAUAACCAAUCUCUUUUGUACUCGGCCACAGAUAUAAAAGCGAAACGGGAUUGCCUACAAGUUAGUUUGAAGCAUUUUUGA